UCAAUCAGCCAAGCCAGCAAACUGUUGAAAAAAGCACGACUCGGAUUCGAAACGUGCAAGCGGGUAACCAAGGCCACCGGAUUCUCUCUAUCUAUAAAAUAUCAAAAGCAUCGCGUUAUCAAAUACCACAUAUCAGAUUCUCCGGCAUUUCCUUCGAAAUCGAAUUAA